AUGAAUAAGUUAUUUUUCUUAAUUUCAUUGACAGUCUUGCAAUUUCAAAUUGCUCAAAGUGCUGCUAUUCCAAAUGACGGUGUUGUUGCCGCACCUGACCAAACUAUCUCUCUUGUCGGUGGAUACAUUCCUGCUUUAAAGCGUGUUCCAACCAAUCUCGUUGCUGCUGUUUCCAUUGAAACUAAUGCUGUUGUCGGUGGAUAUAUUCCAGCGUUAAAGCGUGUUCCGACUAAUUCCUAUACAACUUCAGCUGUUACUGCAGCUGCUCAAGCUAAUGCUGUUGUUGGUGGAUAUAUUCCUGCUUUAAAGCGUAUUCCUAGUGCCGCUGGUGCUGUUGCUAUUCAAACUAAUGCUGUUGUUGGGGGAUAUAUUCCUGCUUUAAGACGUGUUCAAAGCAACAGUGAUGGAGUUGUUGCUGCUACUGUUGUACCUGCAGCAACUGAGGAAGGAGUACAAGCUGUAAGUGAACCAGUAACUACUGAACCAGCAACUACUGAAGAAAUCCCACAGAAAGAUUCAGAAGGAAAGGAAGAAGCGUCAGAAGAUUCACCUGCUCUGGAACCAGAAGUUCAAGUAGAAACAGAAGUGACAGAAGAAGUAGAAGAAGCAGAUUCUAUUGCUGUUAGUAGUGCUAACAAAGGGUCAUCCAUGAAAGAUGGUACUGGAUGGGCACUUGUUGUAUUUUUUACAUACCUUAUUCUUUAG